GGGUCCAGGCCAAUGUUCGGAGUUGAUGAUCACUCAAUGCAGAGUUGAAGAGGCAAGCGGACUAGUUGAAAUAGGCGAUCGUUCCUCUCCAACCUGUCUCAGCUCGAGAAAGAUAGUUGCUGUUGUCUCAUCACAAUUUCAAUCACGAGUCUGUGAGACACAACUUCUUAUCCUCGAGAACGUUUGAGCACCUCGAAGAAUUGCCCUUGAAAUUGUCCGGAGACACUACAAUCAUCUUGCGCGAUAGCAGAGUAGAGUCAACUUCACAAUGUCUACAUUCGGCCAAUACUUUCGCGUCACCACCUAUGGCGAGUCGCACGGCAAGAGCGUGGGAUGUAUCGUUGAUGGCGUCCCACCGGGGAUGGAAUUGACCGAGGACGAUAUCCAACCUCAAAUGACACGACGACGACCCGGACAGAGUGCCCUCACCACGCCACGCGAUGAGAAAGACCGAGUAGAGAUCCAGUCCGGUACUGAGUUUGGCAUCACAUUGGGAACACCGAUUGGCCUGCGAGUCAUGAACCAGGACCAGCGGCCAAAGGACUACGGUAGCAGCACCAUGGAUCUCUACCCUCGCCCUAGUCAUGCGGAUUGGACAUACCUUGAGAAGUACGGUGUCAAGGCUAGCAGUGGUGGAGGACGAAGCAGUGCUCGAGAGACCAUUGGUCGAGUCGCCGCCUCGGCCAUCGCUGAGAAGUACCUCAGACUUGCCCACGGCGUCGAGAUUGUCGCAUUCACAAACUCCGUCGGCAGCGAACAUCUGUUUCCUCCAACUGCGACUCAUCCAACACCUUCCACGAACCCAGCCUUCCUCGAACUCAUCGACAAGGUCACUCGAGAACAAGUCGAUACCUUCAACCCAGUUCGCUGCCCCAACACCGAGGCUUCAGCGCGUAUGGAGGCCUUGAUCGCCGACUUCCGUGACCGACAGGAUAGCAUUGGUGGUACCGUCACCUGUGUCAUUCGCAAUUGUCCCAGCGGCCUGGGAGAGCCCUGCUUCGACAAACUUGAAGCGACCCUUGCUCACGCCAUGCUCAGCAUUCCUGCCACCAAGGGCUUCGAGAUUGGCUCCGGGUUCGGCGGCUGCGAGGUUCCCGGUUCUAUUCACAACGACCCAUUCAUCAAGGCACCGGUAGUCCCGCCUUCAGCAUCCGGUGCUGCUCUUCCCGUCCACUCACGCCCUCGCUUGACCACGAAGACCAACAACUCCGGCGGCAUUCAGGGAGGCAUUACCAACGGCGCACACAUCUACUUCACUGUCGGAUUUAAGCCUGCCGCGACCAUUGGCCAAGCACAGGCAACUGCUACUUACGCCGAGGAAGAUGGUGUCCUCGAGGCCAAGGGUCGUCACGACCCAUGCGUUAUCCCGCGUGCCGUGCCCAUUGUCGAAUCCAUGGCUGCGCUGGUUAUCAUGGAUGCAGUCCUAGCACAAUCAGCAAGACAGAGUGCUCGUGCUUUGCUGCCAGUGCUGAAGGAAACAGUUCCGGUUUCAAUGACUGCCAAUAACCUCACAAAGCCUACCGCACAACAGAGCGAGCAGCCAGCUCAAUAGAUUAGAAUCCCAAGUAUUAUGUCUAGAAUAUUAUGGCCUUGCAGACAAAUAUCUUCCUUUUUGAAAAGCCUUUAGAGGACCAUUUUCGUUACUGCUUCAUGAUUAAGCCCCUUUUCUGUCACACACGCUUGUGGUGAACCUUUUAGGUGCAGGGACUUGAAUAUGAAGAACACGAAUGAGAGGGAAGGCUGCUGUCGUCAGUUGUGCUGCUUCUCUGAAUAUUGAAUACUUCAAUGUGUGAGCGCCAGAUCGUUUCUCAACAGAGUCAAUGAUGACACAAUACCCACGCGGAGAUAAUACCGGGAGCCUACUUCGCAACAUUAGAUACAAGGGACAUGGAAGUUAUAAGAGAUGGAUUUGAUUCAUAUUCUAAUAUAUUUGCAAACGCUCAUCUGCCCCAUGG